AUGACUCAUACAUUCUCAGUACAUGAGUACAUUGAUAUGGUGAAAUGUUACUUCCGAAACAACGAAAGUCACAGACAAGCUGCUUAUAGUUAUGGAAUUGAGUAUCCUGAUCGUAAUAAACCAUCGUACAAUGUUAUCAACAGAUUAAUGUCUCGAUUUUUUGAAACAGGUAAUGUCAAUGAACGAAAUAGACCAGGUAGAUCUCAAAGUGUUACAAACGUAGAUAACACCAUCAACAUUCUUGGAAGUGUAGCUGUAGCUCCAAAAUUAUCCGUACGUCAUAGGUGCGUGGAGGCUGGAGUGAGCAAAUCAUCCGUUCAUAGAAUUCUCAAAAAAAAUAAAAUAAAAGCAUAUAAAACAAAAUUUGUUCAACAGUUUCAUGCGGGUGAUGAAAGGCGUUUACAAUUUUGUGAAUGGGCAUUACAUAGAAUUAGUCAGGACCCACUAUUUAUAGAUAAAUUCAUUUUUACUGAUGAAUCUACUUUUAUUAGAAAUGGGCAAACAAGUAGACACUGGACUUAUCACUGGUCUGACGAAAACCCACAUGAAUCCAUAGAAUUUCAUUCCCAAAAUAUAGAAAAAUUAAAUGUUUGGAGUGGAAUUUGGAAUAAGCAGAUCAUUGGACCCUUUUUUAUAGAAGGUAAUUUAAACGGAGAAAAGUAUCGAGAUUUAUUAGAAGAAAGUGUGUGGCCAAUAAUUUCUCAGUUAAUUAAUACAAACGGAAUAGAGCCAAUUUUUAUGCAAGACGGUGCACCAGCACAUAAUUCAAAUAUUGUGAGAGGUUGGCUGGACGAGCACUUCCCGGGAAGAUGGAUGGGAACAAGGGGUCCAGUGCUUUGGCCACCUAGGUCUCCCGAUUUAACACCGAUGGAUUUUUUUUUAUGGGGUUAUUUGAAAAAUGUUGUGUAUCCAUCGUGUUCAUUGCCUGAUCUUUGCCAUAAAAUUGAACAAAAUAUUCAAAAUAUCUUACCCGAGACAUUAGGAAAUGUUAAGAACGCUUGGGUCGAAAAACUUCAACUCUGUGUUGCAAACAAUGGAGGUCAUUUUGAACAUUUAUAA